UAUAUAGGGUGUAGUACUUCGAUUUAACUGAAAAACUUUACCAGCUAAUUCAAGAGGUUACACUGGAAAAGUGUUGUAUAAACAAUAAGUCGAUUCAGAUCUCCUGGUGGGAUGUGGAUUAAAAUACUGACACAUUUAUGAUUAUGUUUGUCAUACUUGAUCUAUCCUUUUUAAAACUUUUUCUAUGCAGUUAGACAAAGUCAUAAAUAUAUUUAAGUAAAGGGCCACCGUGCGUAUAACAUUUUUUACCUGUAUUUUAUAAAUGUUUUAAAUACACCGUUCACUAGGAAUGAUCCGAUUAUUUGGAUCCGUAAAAAAAAGGAGAAAAGCGUGUUUAUCAGGUUGUUUGUCAAUGUUUCAAGAAAGAAGAGGCCAUUGUUAAAGAGGGUACGGUGAUCAUGAAUGCGAUAAACGUAAACUGGUUACAUUCAGUAGAAGGAGAAUCAUUGGUACAUCAUUUUUAUGUAAACACAUCAAAAAAAAGGAGAUUCUAUGGUAUACUUGAAAGACCGCCUCUACCAUCUUCAAUCGAAGAAGUGACUUAUAAAAUCUUCAUGGUUGGUAGAUCAGGAGUAGGAAAAACAUCUGUUGUAGCACGUCUCGGUGGCAUACAAGAAUCUAAUAAUUACAUAGAAACAAAUGGAAUAAAGAAAACAAAUGUUUUUUGGCCAGUUAAAAUAUGGGAUAAAGUUGUAUUGUUUAAGUUACAGUUUUGGGAUACUUCAGAGACAAGUAUUAAAAAAUAUAAUCACAUAUUGCCUGCAUGCAAGGACAAAGUUGAUGCUAUAUGCUCUGUGUUCUGUUUCGAUGAUGCCACAGGAUUUAAUGAUGUUCCAUAUUUGAUGAAUACAAUGGCAGCUAUAAAGGAAAAACCUGCUAAUAUAGUUAUAGGAACUAAAUUUAAACCGUGGUCAAGCUCUACAGUAGACGAUGCAAGGAUCAAGGAGUUCGAGGACAAAUGGAAAGUUAAAGUAAUUAGGCUCGAUAUCAAUAAAUUGUCCACCAGAUCUGAAAUAUUUGAUUGUUCGUAUCAGUUGAAUGCUAUAUGCAGUAUACUUUGGAACAGAGAUAAAGAGUUCAUAUCUAAGCAAAUGGGACAGAAUUAGGGCAGUAAUUAAUGAUUUAAUUUUGUGCUGGUAUAUUUUUCUUUGUCAAUACUAAUCAGAAACAAAUUUCAAAACUCUUUUUCGUGUAUCAAUAUUCCUUGUAAGAUAAAUAAGAUGACUAAAAGUGUAAUAACAUGAAAAAUAAAAUAAUAUAUUUUGAUUUA